AUGGCAACUGCUAAACAGCAACAAAACAGGAAAAAGUAUACCAAAGACUAUAAGCUGAAGGAGAUUCAGAAGAGUCUCACACACAAGGCCAGACUGAAGAAAGAGUAUCUGAAGGCUCUUAAGGAGGAAGGAUACUCGGUGCCCGAUAAGAAACCUGUCGGAAAGUCGAAGGAGGAAAUAAGGAAACUAAAGAAAGAGGUGCGGGACAGAAACCGUAAGAAGCUGGAAGAGCAGAAGCACAGUAAGAAACAGGCAAAGAAAGAGCAACGAGAGGCGUCUGAGGAUCGAAGGAAAAAGGAGUUGGAGAAUAUCAAGCAUAUCAAGAGUAAAAUGGAUCAACGGGAAAAAAGGAAGCAGAGACUGACUAAAAAAACCAGAACCGGACAACCUCUCAUGGGUCCUAAGAUUGAAGAUCUCUUAGGGAAGAUCAAAGAGGAUGACACAUACACGAAAUAA